CGUCGGCGCCGGCGGGCUGCGGGGGGAGGCGCUGCACGGGGGCGGGUUCGCCUACUGCUGGUCGGGCGCGCGCGCGACGGCGGGGGUCCGCCGCGGCGGGCGCUACUGCUUCGGGUGCAGGGUGGUGGCGGAGCAGGCCGUGGAGAUGGGCGACACGGAGGCCGCCCAGCGCCACCUCUGCCGCGUCGGCGUCUCCAGGGGGGACGACCCCGUGGGCGGCCUCGGGGAGGCCGGCGGCCGCGGCUUCGGGUUCGGGGGCACGGGGAAGCUCUCCCACCGGGGCAGGUUCUUCGAUUACGGCGCCGGGUUCGGGGUCGGGGACACCGUCGUCUGCGCCGUGGACCUCGAUUCCAAGCCCAUGGCCUCGAUUGGGUUCGCCAAGAACGGCGAGUGGCUCGGCAUUGCUCACUACUUUGAUGCCGGCCACAAAGGGUUUGGUCUGGUUGAUGCUCCUGUCAGGCCAAUGCAGUGGUCGGCAAUUUUCCCGCACGUUCUGCUGAAGAAUGUCGUCGUCGAGAUGCAGUUUAGCAGGGAGGAUGGGCUGGAGCUGGUCGAUGGCUACGAGCCCUGGUCCUCAGCUCUCGUCGAUGGCAAUGCGGUGUUCGGGCCUGUGUUUCCGGAACAGAAGGAGUGUGAGGUUAUGAUGAUGGUCGGCCUCCCGGCGUCGGGGAAGACUACUUGGGCAGAGAAGUGGGUCAAGGAACAUCCGGAGAAACGCUUCGUCCUUCUUGGAACUAACCUUGCAUUGGACCAAAUGAAGGUGCCAGGAUUGCUCCGUAAGAACAACUACGGUGAGCGCUUUGACCGUUUGAUGGAUCAUGCCACACAGAUUUUCAACACAUUGCUGGACAGAGCCGCAAGGAUCCCCCGCAAUUACAUUCUCGACCAAACAAAUGUGUACAAAAGCGCCCGCAUUCGCAAGCUGAGGCCAUUUGCAAACUACUGUAAAAUUGCUGUGGUCGUUUUCCCAUCGUCAACUGAACUCAAUUCCCGGGCAGCAAAACGAUUCCAGGAGAUGGGGAAAGAUGUACCAGCUGAAGCAGUUGACCAGAUGACAGCCAAUUUUGUCUUGCCACUGUCAAAGGAUAUGCCUGGUUCAAAGGAGCCUUUCGAUGAGGUGAUUUUUGUGGAGCUUUCCAGGGAUGAUGCCCAGAGAGACCUAGACGAGAUGAAACGUUUGCUGCCAAGAGCCUCAACUCCCAGCCAUGGCAAUUUCAGUAACCAGAUGGUUAGCUCAGCAUAUACCGGGAGUGUUUCUGCGGCAGGACCAUCUCCGUCGUCAAGCUUUGAACCACCAAUGAACUACUCAUAUGGACAAGGCGUGCAUGCUCCGUGUGCGCCGUCUGGCUACUCAAGUGCUCCACAUCAGAUCCAGUCAAGCUACUCGAAUGCCCCAUAUCAGCAACAGACAUGCGCAAGCUACCCGAAUCCGAGCUACCCAAACACCGCAGACCAGCAUCAAGUUCACGCAAGCUACCCAAGCACCGCAGACCAGCAUCAAGUUCACACAAGCUACGCAAGCACCGCGAACCAACAUCAAGCCUACGGAAGCUACCCAAGCACCCCGCUUCCUGGAUAUGGAUCACAAAAUGCAUAUGGUUCCCAAGGGUACCCAAGUCCAUACAGCAGCCCUGGUUACGCGACGAACAUCUACCAGACUCCUGAGCCAGUGGGAGACUACGUGGGAUCCGGCUAUGGACCUGCAACUCCAGUCCAUGCCCAGCCAUUGCCUCAAGCUGUUCAUCAGCGUCAUGAUGGUGCUUCGUCAUGGAGCUCUGGCAGUUAUGGACCAUAUGGACAGCAGCCUCUUGUUAACUCUAUUACAUACACCCAAGUUAGCUCAAGCCACAUGCCGCCUCCGCGCAGAGCUCUUCUGCAUCCAGUUGCUGGGCCGCCGCUUUCCGCACCUCCCCCUCCUCCCUACUACAUGAAUGCGCAGCCAGGCCGUUACUACAUGCCUCUGUAAUUUGCUUUUGAGGUUCCCAGGAAACUGUUUCUUGGAUUGUGACAUUAUGUAUAGUUUUGCAAGUAUGAGAAGAUGGCCUUUCCUGCAUUAUCA